UGCACGUCAGCUUUUGGAUCAUGUAAUCAUUCCUAUCACUUUGGGAGACCACUGUUAUUUCUUCCUUUGGGUUCUUACAACUCAGCAGGAAUUCAAAGUGAGCUAAUUCACCACAAUAGGGCAUUUGUAUAUAAAAAACAAAACAAAACCCCUUAAUGCUUUUCCAGUCAUAAGACUUUUAAUCUUCUAUGAGGUGCUUUGCGUUAGUCCUGGUGAUCAGAAUUAUUUUAUAAUACAGGUGCAGAAAAUGGCUCUAAACAUCCCCGGUCUGGUAGCCACAAUUGUGUUCUAUGUGAUAAUGUUGGCAACUGGGAUUUGGGCUGCUUGGAAAACCAAAAAGGAGGAGAAGAAUGCAAACCGAAGCGAGGUUGCCAUGGUGGGAGGCAGAAAUAUGAACAUUUUUGUGGGAUUAUUCACCACAACUGCAACUUGGGUUGGAGGUGGCUACAUCAAUGGGACGUCUGAGAUCGUGUACCUCCCUACACGAGGGCUGGCCUGGGUCCUGGCUCCAGUAGGAUAUGUUCUAGCUUUUAUCAUUGGGGGCCUCUUCUUUGUAAAGCCAAUGCGAUCCAAAAGCUAUGUAACAAUGAUGGAUCCCCUCCAAGAAACCUAUGGGAACACUAUGGGAACCCUUCUCUUUCUUCCAACAUUGAUAGGAGAUGUAUUUUGGUUUGCAGCUAUUCUUUCUGCUUUAGGGGCUACAAUGAGUGUGAUCUUGGAUAUCAGAGGAUAUUUAGCUAUCAUCAUUUCAGCAUGUACUGUUACACUCUAUACUUUACUGGGAGGACUAUACUCAGUUGCGUACACUGAUGUGAUACAGCUGGUUUUUAUGAUGGUCAGCCUGUGGACUUGUGUGCCAUUUGCACUGCUGAACUCUGCAACUGAAAGCAUUUAUUAUACUGCUGUUAAUGAAUUCUAUCAAGUACCAUGGAUUGGCAAACUAGAAACAGAGUAUUUUGGAAGAUGGUUAGACGAACUUCUGUAUGUGGCUCUUGGAAGUAUUCCAUGGCAGAUCUAUUUCCAAAGAGUCCUCGCGGCCUCCUCAUCCAGACAAGCAAGGCUCACUUCUUAUUUUGCAGGGUUUGGAUGUGUUUUCAUGGUCAUUCCAUCUGUUCUUAUUGGCGCAGUUGCUGCUUCUACAGACUGGAAUCAGACAAGCUAUGGUCUGCCAACCCCUAAUGAAAGAGGGGAGUCCAGCAUGAUAUUACCCAUAGUUCUGCAGUAUCUUUGCCCAACGUAUGUUUCCGUUGCUGGCUUAGGAGCCAUUGCUGCUGCCGUCAUGUCUUCUGCAGAUUCAGCCCUUCUAUCAGCCAGCUCCAUGCUAGCUCACAACAUCUACAGGAAAAUUCUUAGGAAAAAGGCUACGGAGAAAGAAGUCGUCUGUAUAAUGAAGGUCUCCAUGGUGGUUUUUGGGGCAGCAGCUGCAGGCCUGGCUUUCCUUUCUAACUCUGUUUAUGAUCUGUGGUUCCUGAGUGGUGAGCUGGUGUACGCCCUUCUCUUUCCCCAGCUCUGCUGCGUGCUUUUCAUUCCCAACACCAACACAUAUGGCUCAGCUGCUGGAUUCCUCUUCGGGUUCCUGUUAAGACUGCUGGCAGGGGAGCCUUCCCUGAAAAUCUCCCCUAUUAUUCACUACCCAGGUUGCUCUCUUGUGGAUGGGGUCUACAUUCAGCUGUUCCCCUUUAAAACCUUCACCAUGCUUCUCACUUUGGGGACUAUCAUUGCUGUUUCAUACCUGGUGGCGUUUUUGUUUAAGAGAAAUAUCCUCCCUCACAGGUGGGAUGUUUGCAGCGUAAUAAAAGAAAGGGAGGCUUCUGUUCCACUCCCUGAGAUAGACGAACAAGCGGGCUUACAAAUAAAUAUAGUUUAUAUUAAUCCUAUUGAAAUACAUACUUAAUAUUGUGUACUUCAUAAUAUGGGCUACGGUAUUUUUCAUUACAUGCUGAGUUAUUUUUAUUCAUGAUUAUUUAUAAUAUCCCCCUAGAAAGCUGGAAGCUGAAAUCUCUUUUCUGAUUAACAUUGUUUCUUUAGUUAUACAGACAUAUAUUGGUUUGUUAUUAUAAGAUUGAACGUUUGCCAUGAAACUGAACCUAAACCCCAAAGCCAAACAAAUCCACAUUUGGGGAGAGUUUGAGAUGUGGAUCUGAACUUUGGGACUGGUCUCUGUCUUUAUAAUAGAUUAAACCAAAUCAAUUGAGCCAACAUUUAAAACUAAUAAAGGAUUUUUUUUUU